UUGUCGCAAUAUUUUCCUAUUUUUUGGGACUUCGGAAAUGCGCAACAUAUCCAACUUAUACUCGAUCUGGGGUUUUUCUUUGAAAAAUCAGCAAUAGCCCAAAUCAUAAAUCGAACAGAUGUGCUGACUACGAAAGGAAGGCUGUACAGUGUGAAUCAAGAAAGCAAGUAGCUGAAAAAGAAAGGGAUGGCAGCAGGCCAAGAGAAUGUGAAACACCUUGAAGACUGCUCAGUUUCCAAUGCUCUGGGCACAUGGGUAUUUUCUGUAGCCGGUGCUUUGCUGGCAAUACCGGUGGGAAUAAAGAGGAAAUCAUUGGCGCCACUUGUGUUCUUCGGAACAACUGGCACGAUGCUUGACAUAAUCAUAGGAAUUAGCCAAUGUGAAAGGGAACAUGCAGAGCGCCAGCUGAAUCUUCAAGAUGAAAAGGAUGCUGCAGUUGCCGGUGCUUUGACGGAGACAGGAGAUGAGUCUUGAUAUGGACUUUUUGUGGAGUUUCUCAACUGGUCAAUAGGCAAAAUAUCGGUGAAAUGACCUAUGUUGCUCUUUAUUGCAACUAAUUUGUGUAUGUUUCCGUCUUAGGGUGAAAAUGAAGACGAAAAUAAAUCAGAGAGGCUGAGUGAGCUUCCAUUUCUCUUUCUCUUAGUCAGGUCUUUCCAAUUUUCCCCUACCCUGAUUUUGCAAAUGUCUUCUAUUGUGGACAAGUUCCUCUGGUUGUGAACUGCACUUGAAGAGAGAACAUCGUUUUUUCGUGACUAGUGUAUUGGAGGCUUUUGCCCGUGUAGUUAUCACGUCCGUUUAGUUCUCAA